GAGAGAGUGGGGACGUCCUGCUUCGGAGCGGGAAUCUUUGUUGCGCCAGCGACUAAAAAGAGAAUUAAAUAUGGGUGAUGUUGAGAAAGGCAAGAAGAUUUUUAUUAUGAAGUGUUCCCAGUGCCACACCGUUGAAAAGGGAGGCAAGCACAAGACUGGGCCAAAUCUCCAUGGUCUCUUCGGGCGGAAGACAGGUCAGGCCCCUGGAUACUCUUACACAGCCGCCAAUAAGAACAAAGGCAUCACCUGGGGAGAGGAUACACUGAUGGAGUAUUUGGAGAAUCCCAAGAAGUACAUCCCGGGAACAAAAAUGAUCUUUGUCGGCAUUAAGAAGAAGGAAGAAAGGGCAGACUUGAUAGCUUAUCUCAAAAAAGCUACUAAUGAGUAAUAAUUGGCCGCUGCCUUAUUUAUUACAAAACAAAUGUCUCAUGACUUUUUUAUGUGUACCAUACUUUAAUAGAUCUCAUACACCAGAAUUCAGAUCGUGAAUGACUGACAGAAUAUUUUGUUGGGCAGUCCUGAUUUAAAACUAAGACUGGGUUGUGGUUAAAUGAAUAUGGUCAGUUUUUGAAUUUUAAUAGUAAUUCCAAUUCAGUAAAUGCCAUCACUGUUUACCCCUUCUAAAGAUAUGAUUAGACUUUGUUAGUAAUGUUCAACUUUUCGCAAAGAUGGUGAGUGCCAUCUUAAAACUUACUGGAGAUUGGUUUUAUAUUUAAUUUUAUAUAGCUGGUUAUGUGAAUAUAUUUAAAUACUGGGGAAAUUCCUUCACUGUCUCAGAACCAAGCAAGAUUCACCUGUGUUUUGUGUUCAUUUGCCUCUUAAAGGCAAGGGUUGAAGAUAAAUAAGGUAGCAAUGUCUAGAAUUUUGGCCUUAACGAUGCCAAUCUAAUUAUAAUCCCCUGUAUUUAAAAUGGUUCCUUUUACUUAUUGAAAAGCAUUUUAGUAUGGUUUAUGUGUAAUAUUAAAGAUUAUUCAACAC